CUGGUCGCAGGCUGAUGACGCGCCGGAGCCGCCGGAGGAGCCGCCACUUCCUGGAGUCGCCGGCCGGGGCCGCUCGCUGCUGCACUCAGCUUCGGAGCCGGGAGCCCGCGGCCGCCGCCAUGUCCCACCAGACCGGCAUCCAAGCAAGUGAAGAUGUUAAAGAUAUCUUUGCAAGAGCAAGAAAUGGAAAAUACAGACUUUUGAAAAUAUCUAUUGAAAAUGAGAAACUUGUGAUUGGAUCAUGUAGUCAGCCUUCAGAUUCCUGGGAUAAGGAUUAUGAUUCCUUUGUUUUACCCUUGUUGGAGGACAAACAACCAUGCUAUAUAUUAUUCAGGUUAGAUUCUCAGAAUGCCCAGGGGUAUGAAUGGAUAUUCAUUGCAUGGUCUCCAGAUCAUUCUCAUGUUCGUCAAAAAAUGUUGUAUGCAGCAACAAGAGCAACUGUGAAAAAGGAAUUUGGAGGUGGCCACAUUAAAGAUGAAUUAUUUGGAACAGUAAAGGAAGAUGUAUCAUUACAUGGAUAUAAAAAAUAUUUGCUGUCACAAUCUUCUCCUGCCCCAUUGACUGCAGCUGAGGAAGAAUUACGACAGAUUAAAAUUAAUGAGGUACAAACUGACGUGAGUGUGGACACUAAGCAUCAAACACUACAAGGAGUAGCGUUUCCUAUUUCUCGAGAAGCUUUUCAGGCUUUGGAAAAAUUGAAUAACAAACAGCUCAACUAUGUGCAAUUGGAAAUAGACAUAAAGAAUGAAAUUAUAAUUUUGGCCAGUACAGCAAAUACAGAACUAAAGGAUUUGCCAAAGAGGAUUCCCAAGGAUUCAGCACGUUACCAUUUCUUUCUGUAUAAACAUUCGCAUGAAGGAGACUAUUUGGAGUCUAUAGUUUUUAUUUAUUCAAUGCCUGGAUACACAUGCAGUAUAAGAGAACGGAUGCUGUAUUCUAGCUGCAAGAGCCCUCUGCUAGAAAUUGUAGAAAGACAACUACAAAUGGAUGUUAUUAGAAAGAUCGAGAUAGACAAUGGGGAUGAGUUGACUGCAGACUUCCUUUAUGAAGAAGUACACCCCAAGCAGCAUGCACAUAAGCAGAGUUUUGCAAAACCAAAAGGUCCUGCUGGAAAAAGAGGAAUUCGAAGACUAAUUAGGGGUCCAGCUGAAACUGAAGCCACUACUGAUUAAUAUAUUAACUAUUAUAAUACUAGUUUUUUAAAAGUCCAGCUUUUAGUACAGGAGAACUGAAAUCAUUCCAUGUUGAUAAAUAGUAUGGAAAAAAUUGUACUUUUUGAAAAAUAGCACUUUUCACUUUGGUGUGUUUUUAAAAUUAAUAUUAUGGAAGUCUCAUGAUUUCAAUUUUUGAGUUAAAGCUAGAAAAGGAUUCAACAUAGUGAUGUUUAAUUUUGUCACUUUUCAUAGAGUGAUGAUUGCACACUUUCACAUAAUUCUUAAAGUUUUAUACAGUCAGGCCAAUUCCAGGAAGUCUAAUGUCUAAAAGUAAAAUAUACUUCUUAUUAUUCUUUAGUGAGCCAUCAAAUUUUUUUCUUUAAGGGAGAGAGGAAGACCUUGAAAUAAUCAUACUACUUAAUAUGUUAAGGACCAAGUUAGAUUAUUUUUUAAGCUGAAAUUUAGUGUGCCUAAGAAGCAGUGGAAAGUUGCUUACACUGAGGAGCACUGCUAACUCUCAGAUUGUGGGAUCUUGUCUACAACUUUUAAAGACAGUGCUUUAUGGCAGCAGUCUUCCAUUUGACUUUUUGGUUUUUUAAAUGGCAUUAAAAUUUCAGAGGAUCAGCUCAUUCUGAAACCUUAAGGGUACAAGAUACUUUCUGUCCUGCAGGAUUUCUGAUGACAUUGAAAGACACAUUUAAACAGCCUUAGUCAAUUCUCUUUCUAGUGUUUUAAAAAAUUUCUAUUUCAAAAGUUAUUCCAUUAUAAGUAGUGAGGCCAAAUAUUUAUGUUCAGUUGUAUAUUAAUAUUCAAAAGCAAACAAAACUAAAAUUUUAAACAUUGGCUUCUCUACAAAACCACAUAUUUAUAGGCAGACUGUGUUCUUUAUCUCUUUUGAACAAAUAGAUUUAACAAAAUUGUUUUAAAGUCUUAGUACUUAUCAGCCUAACACAGAUAAACACUUAAGAAUCUUGUUUCAAUUUAUAUCUUACUUCAAAACACAUUUAACUUGUUUUCUAAAACUUUGCAUUUUCAGCUACAGCCGACAGAUUUUGAGCCUCACUUUUCUUUGAUACUUGAAAUAGAGAGAGCUAGAACACUUCAUGUUUAAUCUGUUAAUCCUGCUGCAAGAGCCAGAACUGGGAGGUGUUUUCUAAAUGAACUUUGGGGAUCUUGGAUUUAGAAUUUUUUGAUCUAAACUUUAUGCUGCAUAAAACAAAUAAUCAGAAAUGUACAUUUCAUAGUAUAAAAUAUGAAACAUUCAUUUUUACACCUUAUUAUCUAAGGUAAUAUAUGCACCUUUCAGAAAUUCAAUGUGUGUUUAAGCAGAGCAUAUUUGAAUAAUUAUGGGUUGACAGAUUUUUUUUCCUAGAAUUAAGAGUAUUUGUGUGGGGUUUUGUUUGUUUACAAAUAAUCAGACUAUAAUAUUUAAAAAUGCAAAAUAAUCAACAGUGAUGUUGCACUUGUUUACUAAAGAUAUACUUUAAGUUGGUGCACACGUAGACAUGCAUACACACAAAUUACUGCAUUGAGAAUCUGGGAGUUGUGUUGCAGACCAUAGCUGAAGCUGUUUGUUAUUUUUAGUCAGGAAGAAUGUUAACCUGUCAUGAAGGUAUAAAAUAAUUUUAUAGUGAAUGUUUUUCUGUACUAUCUAUGUGCAAUUAUACUCUAAAUUCGACUACACUACAUGAAAAUGGACAUUCCAGAAUAUAGAUGUGAUUAUAGUCUUUAAUUAUUAUUAAACCAAUGAUUGUUGAAAAUCAGUGAUGCAUUUGUUAUAGAGUAUAACUCAUCGUUUACAAUAUGUUUUAGGUAGCAUCAUCAUAACAAUAGAAGGUGAAUAAAGUAUUCUCAAAUUUAUAUAGCAGUGAAGAAUUACAUGCCUUCUGUGGACAUUUUAUAAGUGCAUUUUAUAUUGCAAUAAAAUUUUUUUCUCUUUAAAUUGUA